UUACUUUCCUGGAUGCAGCUGUAGUCACAGUUGCUAUGGAGAAGAUCAAGGAGCAGUUUUCUAGCCUUCAAAUAGCAAAACGGUGUUCACUAACAGAAGACUCAUCUUACUUAUUGGACAUAGAUAUUUCAAGAGGAGAAGGGAGCCAUUUAGUGGCUGUUUCUUGCUCCAAUAAAUCAAUCAGAGUUUACAACAGGGAGACAUUGUGCUUGCUACAAGAAUAUAAUAGCCAUCCUGCAUUGCUAAAUGGUGUCAGAUUUGCACAUGCAAAUGAAAAUGUGUUAUUUUCAGCUUGUAGUGAUGGAUCAGUGAAGUGUUGGGAUAUUCGUUCAUCUGUUGUCAAGCCUGUACAGUUGUUUUGUGGCUAUCCUUCAAAUGUUUUCAUUAGCUGUGAUAUAAGCUGCAAUGACCUCAUAGUGUGUGCUGGCACAGAGAAAGUGGAAGAAGAUGCAUACAUAACAUUCUGGGAUGCAAGAGGCUGCACAAAUAGUGUUGCUUCCAGCAAACAGCCAUUAGGUGUCUAUUCAGAGUCUCAUAAUGAUGAUGUUACUAAAGUAUGUUUUCACCCCAUCAAACCACAUUUGCUUAUUUCAGGCUCAACUGAUGGAUUGGUAAAUGUGUUUGAUAUUAACAAAGACAAUGAAGAAGAUGCUCUGAUUUCCACUUGUAACUCUGAUUCUUCUGUAAGUUUUAUUGGAUGGGCUGGAAAAGAUUAUUGGCAGAUUUACUGCAUGACACAUGAUGAAGGAUUUUGUUGGUGGGAUCUUACUCAACUGGAUUCUGAAAAGUCAGUUACAUUACUUCAUAUUCCAGAUGUCAGGGAAGUAGAAAAUAUCAAACUGGAUUACUUAAUUGGUGGUGUGUAUCAUGAAAAAGUGGAUGAAUUGUUUGUUGUUGGGGGAAUGUCAACAGGAAGCAUUUGUUUCAUGGAGUGUUGUGCUAAUGAGCUGAAUUCUGUGGGAAUACUUCAAGGAGGACACUCUGGCACCAUCCGCUCUUUCUGCUGGAAUACGGUUGAUAAUUCUCUGUUGACAGGAGGAGAGGAUGCGGAGUUGUUGCUAUGGAAACCAGGAGCUACAGAAAAAGCCUCGAGUAAGAAGACUCCUAUGAAAGUGGUUUCCUCUGUCUAUCAGCGAGUAAAAGUUCAUCAACAUUCCUUGAAAAACAAGAAAAAAUGAAAGAGUUGAAGAGGAGGGAAUUCCAUUUUUAAUACUUCAAAAGAGAUGGCUGUGUGCGUGUGUGCUGUAGCAGAAACAAAAAAAGAGUGGAUGCAAUUUAAAGGCAGUUGAAUGUGAUAACUUGUGUGUGGACAAGAAUCUACUUCAUUGUGCACAGAAAUUUACGCUAUAAUAAAUUUUUUUCUAUGGUGCAACCUGCUUGUAUGAGCUGACUUUUCAAAAAGUUGUGGUACUUUUAAAAGGCUGAGUUUUCUAAACUUGGGUACUGUUUAUGCUUUUACCCUGAACAAUGUUUACUCACUCAACUGACACCAAUGGGUCCCAGCUUCCAGGUAGGAUUGAUCUUCCAGUAUGAGGAACAUACACAAGAAUGUAUCACUUUACUAUUUAGUACCCAAGUUGCUACUUGUAGUUUCACUUGUAUGCUGCAGUGAAUGGUAUUUUUGCAAAUCAUUGGAGUAUUGAUACAUGCAGGGAGGUGGGACUUGAAGCAGUCCUGGUCUGUGAUAGUGAGGAAGCUGCAGCAGAGUGCUUGGUGGUCUGUAGGCCAUACUUGGGGGAAAAUGGGCUUAAAUUUUAUCUCAGUAUUCUUAAAAAAUGGAUGCCAGUAGUGAGGAGGAGGAGGAGGAGGAGGAGGAGGAGGAGGAAAGUCUGCUUAAAUAACCUGAUGAAGCAGACUUCCCCCUUACCCACCAAAAGAGAUGAAAUUACUUAAAGAACAAUAAUGAUACUUAAGGACACUUCAAAUGAGAUAUGAAUUGUAAUUAGUUAAACAUGUUAUUUCCACUCCAUCCCUAGAUUCUGUAAAAUUUGAUCUUUAUUCUGAUUUGAAAUAUAUUUUGAUCUAAGAUGGGAAAAGAAUUGCAUCUCUUUUUCUGAAAAAAAAAAACAAUUUGGAGAGUAAAAUCAAAGGACUUUAGGGUGAUGGAUUGGGAUUUUUUGCCUCUUGAAUAUUUAGUAGUAGAGUAUCCAGUUUUUCUUUGUUGUGUAGUCAUCUAUAUGGUGGAGGCUGGCAAAUUGGUGCCCACACUGUCAGGGCCUGCAUCGCCACUAGAUGGCACCCCCUAUUCUAUAUUUUGAAAAAAAUAUUGAGAGAUAGCCAAGUUUUGCAAGACUAUUCAGUGUUGUUAUGUCAGUGCUUAUGAAAUUUCGUUGUGUUUUUUUUUUCUAUUUCCAAAAUUGAGUUUUUAAUAUUUUAUUUGUGUGAAGAAGCCUGCUAUCUGAUAAGGUGGUUGAGCCUUGAUUUAUAUGGAACAGAUAAUAUUUUGGGGAGGCUAUUCUAUUUUGUGUACUUUCUUUUGAAGACUUGUCUGUAACUCAGCUUGCACAAGGCACCACCAUCACUACACUAGGAUUCACCUAUCUGGAACUCUUCACUUUAACCUAAGAUUUAAGCAACAAUCUAGAAAACUUUUAUUCUGAGUGGAGGGAGAAGAGAACUUUAAGCUUAAGAAUUUUUUAAAACCGUUUUUGGUGGAGGGAGGAGGAAAACCCUAAUCUGCCAGAAUGUUGACUGCCUUUAAGAUCAGAACUUUUUAAACUAUAUGUACUCCAAGUGGCUAUCCAAUCAUACUUUUAUUAUGCAAUAAGUUCUGUCUCCAGCAUUAGAUCAUUACAAUAUAUCACACCGCUACAAUAUACUAUACCACUUCAAAUCUUUGGCGGCUUCUGAUUCCCCCAUUCAGUUCCAAAUCAAGAAGAAAAACUCUUUGUUUUAACCUGUGCAGAGCUUUCCAUGCCUUCUCUGUAGCAGCACCUGCCUUCUAAAAUGAGGUUCCCCCCAAGAUCGAGAUGGACCCCACUCUGCUGUUGUUUAGAACUUGCUCUUCACCCAAGUCUUCGGCAAGGGAGAGUGAGACCACUCAUUUCAUUGUGC